AUGGGAAAUUUUUGUUUUUAAGAAAGUUAAGAAACUUGUGAAUGGAAACAAGAAAUAAUACAAUUAUGUAAGAAUUAUAUAUCAUUUUCUUGGGCAUAGACUAUAUAAUCUUAAAUUACAAAUCUUGAAACUAUUAGAGAGAUUCAACUAAGAGACAUUUAUUUAAUGAAUGCUUCAUUUUAGACAAUCAAAAUUGAAAGUUAAGUAGAGGAUGCAACUAUUAAUUAAAAGAACCUAAAAAAAUUCUAUAGAAGAACUGGACUAUCUGAAUAACAACUUGAAUAGAAUGAUAUUUCAUUUUCUGGUAGUCUUCUAUCAGAUACUCAAUCUUAUAUAUAUCAUGAAAAAGCAUGUCAAAUAAGUGAGUUAUCUAAAAGAAGUAUGGAAUACUUUGCACAUUUUACAGACAUAAUAAAAUAUCAAAUAAAAACAAAUGAGAUUAGUCAUUUUAUUAAGUUUUUCAAGGAAUCCUUUUAAACAGAUGAAACUUAUAUGGAUUCUUUUAAAUCAUUUGUUGAUUUUCUUUAUCUAAGUGUUAUAUCAUAUUAUAAAAUUUUAAAUUUCAAACAAGAAAUACCUAAAUAUUCUAGUUUAAUUAAUAAGGAUACUUUAAUAAAUUUUAUUACAAAUUGUCUUUUAUAAGAUAAGGAAUUAUAUGAAAAACUAUUCAAUAAAAUAUCAGAAGAAUUAUAGGAUAAAUGUUAUCAAACAAAAAAAAUGAUGAUUGAAAAUUAGAAUCUAUCUACACGUGAAAUGGGAAUCUCAAGAGAAUUUCAAUUUAUAGAAGAACAUUAACCAUAUUUAUAAGCUAUCAGAAUAUUAUAAAAAGUUUAAUAAAAAUAAGGACCUGCUAGUAAAGCAAAGGUUAUUUUGAAAAUGUCUUAAGUGAUUACAUUAUGCAUGUCAAAAGGCAGAGGCAAAAGUCUAUUAUUAGCUACAGAUGACAUGCUACCUGUCUUAAGAUAUGUUAUUAUCAAAUCUUAAAUCUACGAUAUUCAUGUUCAUAUAUUUAUUUUAUAGAAUUUAUUAACCCAAAAUGUUCUUUCGAGUAACUUAGGGUUCUUUAUCACAAGUUUAUAAGCUAGUAUAGAAUAAUGA